CAGUCCAACUACUACGCCCGAAACUCACGAGGCGAUAACACCCCUCUCAUCUAUUUCUCAUUCGUUCAUCCCCGUAUUUUAAAAAAAUAUCGCCGAUCGUGAUCAUUGACAGCUUCCAGCAGGAUGAUCAUUGUUCGUCCGUAUCAAUCAAGACGGUCUUGAAAAUUCGUUGAUUGACAUUCGUACUCGGUCAACCAAGCAGUCUUUCAACAAGAAUUUGUUUUCUAGUGAUUUAUAAUACUGAUAUAAAACAUCAACGUGUUCAAUAAUAUGCAAAAGUAAGAAAAGAUCUUGGUGUGUUUGUGAUUGAUCGCUGUGUACUAUGAAUUUCGCGGAUUACUGACGCUGGGGCAAAUAAAAGUUUGCGAUUUAUUGUGGCGAUCGAGCAAAGUGCAAUCGUCUCAAAAUGCCGAGAGCUUUUCUCAUUACUCACAGGAGAUAUAACGGUACCGAGGAAUUCCAAACACCCGAGCAAGAUUACAGUCCAGAACGCGGGGUCAGAUUGGCCGAAUACAGGAGAAGUCAACCGACCUCGGACGGCGUGAGCGAUUGCGGAAGUGAGUCGUCCUCAGAGUGUCCCGAAGAGCUUUACAAUCUAACAAAAUUGGCGGAAGUAAGUCUGGCAGCAGCUGCGGGAACAUUGAUACAUCCCAGCACAGUUUUAUCCUACGAGAGUGAGCAAUUAUCACCAAAAUGGGAGCAUCGGACAGGUGGAAGAUAUUCCUGCGGCAAAAGCGCGGAAAAUCCUCUGCGAGCGAUUGUCCCAGCUAGCAAUUCUCAUUAUAUUGAUGAGACGACCACUGUCGAGAAAAAAGAUGAAAUGGAAUUGAGUCUCCGGGAAAGAACGAGAUUGUUCUUCGAGAGGAUCGAAAGCGAACGUGAAUCUCCCGAGACGCGAAAUAAUACGAGACGAACAACGAGUGAUAUUCGGGAAAUUCAAGUUUCUGCUGAAUUUGCAGAAAUUUCGAGGACAAACAACAUGGACGAUGAUGUUUCGAUGAUUUCAAGUCUACAAAUACCUGGCUCAUCCUACCACUUGGAUGAGACUGCGGAGCAACGUUCCAAAAGCGUAUUGACUACGUUACCAAGGCAAGGAACAUCGUCAUCUUCGUCGUCUUCCUCAUCGUCGGAAGGCUCCAAAUCCGACGAUAGUGAGGACCACGAGUGCCCAGAUUGCGGAAAAAAAUAUUCCACCUCAUCGAAUCUUGCAAGGCAUCGUCAAACUCAUCGCAGCCUCGGUGAUAAAAAAGCUCGACGAUGCCCGCACUGUGACAAAAUUUACGUCAGUAUGCCCGCUUUCAGCAUGCACGUCAGAACUCACAACCAAGGUUGUAAGUGCCACUAUUGUGGCAAAUGCUUCUCGAGACCGUGGCUUCUUCAAGGACACAUCAGAACACAUACAGGUGAGAAGCCAUUCAAAUGUACGAUAUGUAACAAGGCAUUCGCGGACAAGUCAAAUUUGCGUGCUCACGUACAGACCCACUCGAACACAAAGCCACACGUUUGCGGACGUUGCGGAAAGGCGUUUGCCCUUAAGUCGUAUUUAUACAAGCACGAAGAGUCGUCGUGUAUGAGAGCUCACCAUAGAUCGGCAUCGGAGAAGAAUGAGCCGGGCAGUGAAUCGGGUCUCAACUCAACGACGACCCCUGCAAUGAAUCCUCCUGUGGUUCGAGUUAACGAGCCAGUUGUCACGGCAUCACCGACUAGCGUGAUUGUUCAAUGUUUGAGUGGAACGAAAGACCUAGUCGAGUCUCCACCAGCUCCUAUUUCCACGAUUAUUCACCACACAAAGAAUCAGACAGCCCGUGAGCAAAUAUCCGCAUCAGCUUUGAAGCGUCACUGUCACGAAAAAAGUUCGAAUAACGAGGAAUUACCGAUAGUUUCCGAAAAAGUCAAACCCGUCGAAUUUCUUUCGAAAAUGGUUAUCAGAACUUCGGUCAUUUCACCGAAUCCCGAACACGUUAUGCGUCUUGUCGGACCGACUGGAAGUUCGUUGAACGUUAAGAAUCCAACACCUUUCGAUUUCACUGAUUCCACGAGAAAUUCAGCAUUCUCGAGACCAGCAGCGAUCAGUAUGAAUCUCGGAAUCGCCUGAAAUCAAUUUUCAAUGUGUAAUUAACAAAGAUUCAUUUCGAAAGUCUGUGGCUGUAAGAAAAAUGUUGAUCGAAACGGUGGUUGACGUUCAAUCGUUGAACGUUGAAUUCGUGAAUCAGGGGAUCGAGCGAUUGAUUAUAAUAUUCCAUUGAGGGUGCGCGGGAAAAUACUUAUUUUCAAUGAAAAAAAAAAAAAUGAGGUGCUAUUAAAUUACCCGCGCUUCUCGCACUAAGAAUCUUCCUUUUAGGGACCAUGUAGUAAUUAGUCAUUAUUAACAAACGAGAAGAAAAAUGAAUAAGAGAUGUUUUCAUUGGCAAAUGCAAAUGAGGAACAAACAUUCAACGAGUGUUUCAAAAAGUCGAUAGCCCCGUGCCUUGUAGCCAGUAACUUAAGGUAAGGAAAAGGAAACAUAUUGAAUGAUCGCGGCAACCAUGUACUUAAGUAUGUAUAUGAACGUUAGUUUAGGCAAUUCUGUAUCGCAAGCUCUUCCAGGCAGCUGAAUCGUCGAUGAUUAGAAUUUUAUUAUGCUUUCAUUAUUAUUAUUGUUAUUAUUAUUAUUAUUAUUAUUUUCACAGUUUCCCCAUAUAAUUUCAAUUUUUGGCAAAACCGUAAACGGAAUUGAAUAAAAUCCGUGACGGUUCAGAGUGUAAACUAGUCGAAAUCGUUUCGCGUGCGAUCGCAAACCUCUCUCGGCCAUCAACGAGAAAUGGAUGAAUAGAAGUCUACGAUUUUAUGGUAUACAUAUAGAUUUCGAAGUCAUGUCAUGCGUAUGAUUUUCGUGUUAUCGUUUUACGACCAUAUCACUGAAAAAUUGAUCGUUGUUAAUAAAGAGGUCGAUCGGACCUAGUGAAAAGGAACGCGAAACGAUGUUAAUAAUAAAUUAAAGAAUAAGUGCUUAUUUUUAGUCGAAACGCAGUUCUAGCCCGCUACAAAUGUAACCGAUACUUUAUUUGAGUCUCUCAAUGUAUUGGGGGAUCGCUUUCCGAGAUCCUCAAUCCCGCGUUUGUAUCCUAGUCAUAUUCAUUUUACCGAUAUUGUUAUUUUAUUAAUUCUAUGAAGCUUAAUUGACGUACAUAAAUAUUAUUGUAAAUAGAGCAUUCCCAAGUUUUUGUACCAGCUCGUGGAUUGUAAAUAUUCGUUGGCACUUCUAAAAAAAUAAUCUCUAUCUCUAGACGAUUCAAAGCACUAGUUUCAAUAAUAAUAUAAUCGAUAGAAAUUAUAGUUGUAACUGUGUACUACUUGUUCGUAUCAUGAAGUGCCUUAUCGAUCUCGAUCGAUGUUUUUUUUUCUACACAAUACUCGAAGAUCUCUUGUCAAUCAAAUCAGUAAUUUACAAAUAUACAAAUAAAAACAUA